GCCCAUAGUUCAGUGAUCACUACUGUGGAGGAUGCCUUUCAGGCUUCAGUUAUCAGGACAUGGGGUAUUUCUGCACUGUGUGAACAUCACCUUAGAGGGCAUCUGCAUUGACAGCAAAGACGACACCACAAGAGUCCCCUUAACGUCAUUAAUCUUAACCGCAACGCUCCUGCUGUUGAUAAACUACAACUCCCAGCAUGCCCAGUCACCAGCUGUCCAGGCAUGUGGGGAGGUGAAGUUUUCAAACAGCUGAAUGGCCAUGAUUUGGUGACCACUACAGUAGAUGAUGCCUACAAGCCUUCAGUUAUCCAGGCACGCUGGGAAUUGUAGUUUAACAGCUGGAGGUGCAUGGUUUGGUGACCACUACAGUAGGUGAUGCCUUUCAGGCAGGCAACAAAAUCAUGUGAACAUCUCCCUAUACAGCAGAACACUACAUAGGUGACAACACAAAGUUACAAGCCCCCUUAAUGUCACAAAAGUAAAACAGGACCACCAGGCCCCAACAAGCACCGAGCAUAGAGAUAAGUUGUCUGCUCGCUGCCCUGAACCAAGAACAGACCCCACAAAGGUAAUAGGGACACAGACACCUCAGGCACAAACGCAGCACAAGCUUAGACCCCUGUACACACUAAGGAUAACACGUAACGCCAUAGGCCAGCAGCAAAGCUAGGCCCCACUGGGGGGAGGGGAUAUUAUCACAGUUAUCCGCGAGCACAGAACAGACAGUGAAGCCAUAUAUCAGCCAUCACUACACGGACAGCCUGAGGAGUCCCCACAUGAAGGCGUUAGGGGCACCGGACACUGAAUAAACCGGGAUGGACACCGAUUCACCACCCAGAUUCCACGCCAGCCGCCAUCUCCUUACCUCGCUGCUGACAGAGGAAAGGGAAGGCGCGUGUCGUCAUCACGCUUUUAUACAGCCGGCGACGCUCCACUUAGGCCACGCCUACGGGUCAGCGACGUAGAAUACGUAGGCGCGAUCAAUCCAUGGCCGAUGUAAUAGGCUAGUAGGACUUUAGUACGGGUACCUGUGAGGGUCAAACCUUUUCCCUGACCUGUUACUUCACCGGAUAGAACAAGAUGAGGCUGAUCGGGCUGAGGAGAGGGACGGAGCUGCUGCGGCGGGCAGGGUUGGCUGAAUACCACACAUCUUACAGAGUGCUGGCCGGGUUAUCAGAUGAACAGAAGAACCUCAUUCAAAACGGACCAGACCUACAAGACUUUAUAUCUGGGGAUCUGAUAGAUAAAAACGUGUGGUCAGACUACAAAGGGAACCUGAAGCGUCAGAAGGGAGAGAGAUUAAGGCUUCCCCCUUGGGCAAAGACAGAGAUUCCAAUGGGAAAAAAAUACAAUGAAUUGAAAAACACAUUAAGAAGCCUGAAUCUUCACACAGUAUGUGAAGAAGCUCGAUGUCCCAACAUUGGAGAGUGCUGGGGUGGUGGAGAAUAUGGAACGGCUACUGCAACGAUCAUGUUAAUGGGAGACACUUGUACCAGGGGCUGCCGCUUUUGUUCAGUAAAAACAGCUAAAAAACCUCCCCCUCUAGAUCCAGAUGAGCCAUACAAUACAGCUAAAGCCAUAGCAGAUUGGGGACUGGACUACGUGGUCCUGACUUCUGUGGACAGAGAUGAUCUUCCAGAUGGAGGAGCCGAACACUUUGCAAGAACAGUGUCUCUAUUGAAAGAGAGGCAAGUCCGUGACCCUCGUGCAAAUUUUGAGCAAUCUGUUAGUGUCCUGAGGCACGCCAAAUAUGUUCGCCCUGACAUUGUAACAAAAACAUCCAUUAUGCUGGGGCUAGGAGAGACAGAAGAACAAGUCUAUGACACCAUGACAGCUUUACGUGAAGCAGAAGUCGACUGUUUGACCCUUGGACAGUACAUGCAGCCAACAAAACGUCAUCUCAAGGUUGAAGAAUAUGUCACGCCUGAAAAGUUUAAACACUGGGAAAAUAUAGGCAAUGAGCUAGGAUUCCUGUACACUGCCAGUGGUCCUCUGGUCCGAUCAUCCUACAAAGCCGGUGAAUUCUUCUUGAAGAACUUGAUAGAGAAAAGGAAAACAAAGGCCUUAUAAGAAAGAGUGUAGUAAUGUUGUGUGUGUACAAACAGUAUCUAUUCAAUGAAAGAAGGAUGUGGUAUACCACGUUGUGCCAAUGGUAUAAAAGCGGGUGAGCAGCAAUGUGGCAUCAGCGUUUGCUAAGACUUCAGACUGUAAAGAAACAUUUCAUUCUACUUUAGCAGAUGGCAUAAAAUCUUUAAAAGAGUGAAACCACAGCACACAAAAAUUCAGUUUGCACAAGGAGUGGAGGAGUUGCUCCUAUCAACCAAUUGGAUCAUACCUUCUAUUUUUCAAGUAUCCCAAAAAAAAAAAGUUUUUUAUUUUCCAGCAUACUGAAUGUUUUAAAUGUGUUUUACCACUGAAAAUAAAAGGAAAGGUAAUAAAUUGUGAUGGUUGGGGGUCUGACUGCUAGGGCUCCUACUGAUCACAAAAACAAGUUCUAGAGUGUCCCGUGAGUACAGUGGCCCCCUCCCCCCGACCUACCAUGACCCCAACAUACGAUCAUUUCAACAUACAAUGGCCUCUCAGAGACCAUUGCAUGUUGAAGGCAGCAUCAACAUAUGAUGCUUUUGUAUGUUGGGGCCAUCGCAUAAACAGCUAUCCGGCAGCGAAGACUGCUUCAGCUGCCACCGGAUAGCCUGUUACGGUGCCCCGUGUGGUCCGCUGACGAUCACUUACCUGUCCUCGGGGCUCCGGCACGUCCUCUUCGGGAUCCCCUGCAUCACCGUUGCUCUCCAUAGUAGUCAUCACGUCACUGCGCACCCAGUCCCAUCAUCCUAUAGGAGUGGCGUGCGUAGCGACAUGAUGGCGGCGACUGAGAGCGAGGAUGCCGGGGAAGCAGAGGCCUUGCCGGAGCGUCGGGGACAGCGAUGGAAGGCGACAUCCCGGGCAGCAGUGACUAUCUGGAGUGGUGGGGACAGGUGAGUACAACUUCCUCUACCAGUGGUCUACAACCUGCGGACCUCAAGAU